AAAAUUAGCCUGGCUUGGUGGCCAGGUCUCCAGGAGCUGUUUCAGACUGACACUUCACUUCAGCUUACAUUUGUUUUGUCUCUCUGAAAUUCCAGUAUGAAGGAUAAGAGUUUAGAACUAAAGGAAUGCUAGGGUAGCUAUCGGAUUCAGGACUGCUGAAGCUGGCACUGGGAUUUUCUUGUUUGGAGAAGACCAAAUGGAGUUUUGAAGCUUUUGAAGUUCCUCAAAGAAUGAUUGUGCACCAGGCCCCCAACAUGAGUUUAAUGGACAUUUCCAAGAUCUUUUCUCUCCUCCAGCCCAAGGAGGAUGAAGAAGACGGCUGCCAGCAGCUGAACCAGGCCAUCGCCGAUGAUGACGACAAGCUCCUGGCUGAGCUUCUUGCUCAGGAGCAGUAUCGGAGGUGCAUCAACAGCCGCAGUGGCUGGGGUGUCCCAGGCACGCCGCUGCGUAUGGCAGCUGCCCAUGGUCACCUGCGCUGCUUGGAGGUGUUGCUGGCCCACAGGGCCGAGGUGGACAGCCUGGACGUCAAAGCUCAGACUCCGCUGUUCACCGCUGUUAGCGCCAAACAUCUAGACUGCGUCGUUGCUCUACUCAAAGCUGGCGCUGAUCCCAACGGCAGCCAGUAUAACAACAGUUCCCCUGUGCUGACAGCAGCCAGAGAGGGCGAUGUGGACAUUCUCAAGGAGCUUCUGAGGCACGGGGCUGAGGUGGACGUCAGGGCCAAGGUGCCGGACUGGGCCUCCAAUGCCACAACAUGCAGAGGACCUCUGUACAUGUCUGCCGUUUACGGACACCUGGACUCCUUCAAGCUGUUGCUUCUGCACGGCGCUAAUCCAGACUUUAACUGCACUGAUAAAAAGUUGCUGGCCAGAAUCAAGCAGCCAAAGACUGUGUUAGAGAUGUGCAUCAGGUACGGCUGUGGAACUGAGUACAUUCAGCUGCUCAUAGACUUUGGCGCCAGCGUCUACCUCCCUGAGCUCAUCGUAGAUAAAACCACCCAGCAGAACGAGGCGGUGGUCAUGCUGCUCAAAGAAAGAGUCUGCCCGAAAACACUGAUGUCCCAGACACGACUCGCAAUACGCCGCUACCUUACCAUGACAGAUAAAUCAAGCUCGAUCGAUAGCCUGGAUAUUCCUCACAUUCUAAAGAACUAUUUAAAGCACAUUACAUGACCAGCACAUUUAUGAUUACUAUAUUAAACGUUUUUUUUUUUGUAUUAUUUUGUACGGUUUCUGAUUGUUACAAUGCAAUUUUACUGAUAAUCAAGUUUAUUAAAAGUCAUGACGUGUUUAUUCUGUAUAGCAAUGUAUUUAUUGAUUAAUAAAACAAUAAAUUAUUGAACUAUUGA